AUGGUGUGCCUUUGGUCCCUACCACAGUUGGAUCCAAAGGCUCCUUCCAGCAUGGGGAGAAACAACUCCCUUUGCCGCAUACUGACGAGGAAUUUGGCCUACAUUACAGCCAUCAACAAAAAGAUCACCAGUUACAGCGGCUUGGAUGAGGCAGAUGGCGUCGUGGUGCCUCACAUUUUGAGUUUAGCGACCGAAGUCCACGGAGGACCCAGGCCCCAAGAUGAAGUCUUUUGGCAGGCAGCGGCCACCCAACUGGACAACCAGCUCUUCACCAUGGAAUUCAACGGCCAGCUCUCACAGGUCUUGUUUCAUCCCUUGAUGAUGAACGGAGCCUUGCUGCACUUGCUUUGUACUGAACUGGAUCCAGUGUCGCCAGCGUUGAAUUCCUUCGGAAAGAUGUUCCAGCUCUUGAAGUCCAACUCGAUCGACGUGGAGAAUGCCAAGGACAUCCCCAGCCACCAUCUGCGAGAUUUCUUCAGCGAGGCGGUCAGUCAGGGUCGCGCCAAGACCUUUGGGGCGUUGAUCCGUCUGCGGGAUGCUUUGUUAAUGACAGAGGAUGGUGACAUCACCAAACGGCAGACAGGCAAGGCACCAUCUCGCACAGAAGACGAAGGAUCACAGUCCGAUCGGCUCCUGAAGUUGGAGCUGGAUGAGCUGUCCCUCGCAGACGAGCUUCAAAGGACCGCCUUGUCCGUUCGGCCGUUCACGAGUUUGCCCUUUGCGAAUCCAUAUCUUGAGUUGGCUACAAGGCAGUCUUCGCAGUUGCAGAGCAGCAUGAAAGACAUGCUGCAGGUGAUCCCAUGCAUUAUCAAAGGCCUCUCCAUCAGCCCUGACAACGUGGAGUUAUGGAACCGUUUGACGGACGUCUUCGCCCAAGUUUACUUUUUGCAGGAUGACAUGGACUGCUCGAUGAAAUCAACCUUCCAAAGAUUUGAGGUUGCCAGCUGCACGCCACGCUUGCGCUGUCUCUACAGUCAGGCGAAGGUGUUGAACCUCAUGCGACAGGCAGCUUUGCGUCAGUCCAUCAAGGCGCCGACAGAAGACUUGGCGAAGCUAGCUCGCCAGUGGUUCGAAAGGCGAUUGGAUCUCCUAAUUCUCAUGAUGAUGCGACGAAGAUAUGUCAAGAGCGAUGUCAAGCUGCUACUGCGCCGUGGGCAACACCUGGCGAAGAGUUUGUUGUGGUUCCUUCUGAAAUGCACGGACUAUGGGGAGGUGCUCACAUACACCGCGGAGGUCUUGCAUGAGGCACCAGCUGCUGAGGAUUGGUUGCACUUGGCGACACUUGGCAGCCACUCACAGCCACUCUUGCGUUUCAGGACGGAGGGAGCCAUACCGCCAGCCUAUUUGUGGUACCUUCCCUAUGUUGUGGGUCGCAUUGAGUGGAAACUCUACAAGUUGCAGGGAGGUCCGGCUGAUGCUUUGGGCAAGGUCUUGGGAUAUUUGAAUGACGCUUGUCAAGUGGAGAAAACAUCCCGCGACCAACAGCAAGCUUUGGCCGUGGAGGGCUUGGUGCCCAAGAUGACGCCCAGGAAGCAUCAGGCCUCAGAUUUUACCUAUGGAGUUUGUGAACCCUGGUUCAGGCUGCAGAAGCUUCGAGUGCAGCUGUGCCUCAAAGGUGAUGAAGGUUGGCCCUGGGCCGCCACUCAGCCCUUCGGCUACACCUGUGAGUCGCAGAACGAGACGGUAGCGGAUGCCAUUCAGGGCUUAGAUGCGUGUGUGAUCUUUGACAAGUCCUACCAGCAGAAAGUGGAUCUUCUGAAGGCAUCCAUUGAGCUGCAUUUCAAGGAGUGGGACAAUGCAUCUCAAUGGGUGACUCGCCUCUUCACAGGCAUCAAUGACUCCUGGAAGGCGGUGGUUGGACACAGUCAUGACCCUUGGCUCACACAAGAAAGGCGAAGACGGAAGGAGGAACAGGAGAAACUACGAGCUGUCUUCAUUUGUCUUGGACUCUACAAGGGUUUGCUGCAGGAGUGUCUACCCGGAGCGCAGGUCUCAGUGCCCACGGAUCUGAAGGCCUUCUCAAGGUUGGAAGCAUCUUUCAAGGAAACAUCGCACGGUAUGCAAUCGCUGGGCUAUGUUCAUCCGGGUCAUCGCACCAAGGUGCAACAGGAGAUCCGCACCUUGACGGAGCGCAAUGCCACCGCACAAGGGCAGGCUCUACAGGAAAUGACCAGCAAAUUGGCCAGCUAUGCCACCAGAGUGGUGGAUCUGUCGGACAACUUCAGGAGCUUCACUGCUUUGCUGCUGAUGCGAGCCUUGAGGGAAGGAUGCAGUUCAAUGGCAAAAGCUGGCCUUGGCCGUGCAAACCAACGUAAGGUACCCGAAAGGCCUUCAUUGGACUGGCGGAUGUUCCAGACAUUUACGCACUUUUGCGAAGAUUGCGAGAACACCUGGGGUAUCGAGGUGAAAGAAAUGCGGCAGGAGAUCGAAAAGGUGCAAGAUAGUGUGGUGAUGGCAGCCAUGCGGCUCUACAAAUACACGUUCGCAGCCGCGAACCUGACACCAACUCAAGGCCGCCAAGUGCCGCGAUUUAGCGAUGCCAAGGCAUUCCUGGAAACCUUCACGGCCUGA